CGUUAGUGCCGGUCAGGUGUGUGCGUGUGUGUUUACUCUCGGUGAUGUGCUUUUCGAGGCGGCUCUGUAAACCAUCAGUGAGCAGACAGGAUUUGAUUUGGGCAACGACACAUGCGUGUGUGGACCUCCGCCGAACGCUUUUCAGGACUAAUUACACUUUUCAACUCACUGCUGCAGACAGGGAAGCUUCAUUUUCUGCCCUCCCAGUGGCGGUCGAUGGGAGCCUGUUAAUCCAGCUGGCGUCUUCUAUGUGUGGGGGAAUGGUGCUCUCCUUUAUUACCCUCUUGCUAGCCGUAUCACCCAGCAUGUCUGCAUAUAACACAUCUGCUGGUUGUACCAUCAUCCGCCCCCCAAGAGAUGGUGGAAUAAGGUACAGAGGUUUGACACAAGAGCAGAUCCGCAGUGUGCAGGUGCUCCCAGUAGACUAUGAAAUAGAAUACAUCUGCAGAGGCCACAGGAUCAUCGUGGGACCCAAAGUCAGGAAGUGUUUGCCCAACGGCACAUGGACUGAUUUGAACCAGCGCAGCAGAUGCUUGCUGCUGUGUCCUCGAGUGUGGACAUCUCUGGAAAAUGGCAGAGUGUCUUCUUGGCCCCUAGGACCUGCAGUUGAGGGGACAGUUUUGCACUAUAGCUGUCUGCCCGGCUUCAUCCUCAUGGGCCGAAGCUCAACACAGUGCAAUAAAAUGGGCAAGUGGGAUACACCCAAACCUGUGUGUCACUACGAUCGGCACUACAAAGGCAAGAAGAAACUCUACAUUGGAGCCCUGUUUCCCAUGAGUGGAGGUUGGCCCGGUGGACAAGCCUGCCUCCCUGCUGCUCAAAUGGCCCUGAAGCUGGUGAAUAAGAGGACAGACAUACUUCCUGACUACGAACUGGAGCUGAUACACUAUGACAGUAUGUGUGACCCUGGUGAGGCUACCAAGCUGCUGUAUGACCUUCUAUACACAGAGCCCAUUAAAAUUGUGCUGAUGCCUGGCUGCAGUUCUGUGUCCACGCUGGUGGCUGAAGCUGCUCGCAUGUGGAACCUUAUAGUGCUCUCAUAUGGCUCCAGCUCUCCAGCUCUGUCCAACCGCCAACGCUUUCCCACCUUCUUCCGCACCCAUCCGUCUGCAACUCUGCACAACCCUACUCGAGUGCAACUCUUUCAAAAGUGGAAAUGGACUAAGAUUGCCACCAUUCAGCAAACAACAGAAGUUUUUACAUCAACUCUGGAUGAUCUGGAGGAGAGGGUGAAGGAGGCAGGCAUUGAGAUCAGCGUUCGGCAGAGUUUCCUCACUGACCCUGCUGUAGCUGUCAAAAACCUCAAGCGCCAAGAUGCCAGGAUUAUUGUUGGCCUGUUCUAUGAGACGGAAGCAAGGAAAGUCUUCUGUGAGGUGUACAAAGAGAAGCUGUAUGGCAAAAAGUACGUGUGGUUCCUCAUUGGCUGGUAUGCGGACAACUGGUUUAAGAUCAAGGAUCCAUCCAUCAACUGUACUGUGGAGCAGAUGACGGAGGCUGUGGAGGGUCAUGUUACUACAGAGAUUGUCAUGCUCAACCCAGAGACGGUGCGAGGAGCCUCCAACCUGACCUCUCAGGAGUUUCUAGCUCAGCUGAUGUCAAAACUUGGGGGUAAAAAUCCAGAGGAGACGGGUGGUUUCCAGGAGGCGCCACUGGCUUAUGAUGCUGUAUGGGCUCUCGCCCUAGCCCUCAACAAGACCGUGGGACCACUUAAGGCUAAGGGUUACCGUCUUGAAGAUUUCAACUACAACAACAAAGAUAUCACCUCCGAGAUCUACCGAGCAAUGAACACCAGCUCCUUUGAAGGAGUUUCAGGUCAUGUUGUAUUUGACGCUCAAGGUUCUCGAAUGGCCUGGACUCUAAUUGAACAGCUUCAAGGAGGGAGCUACAAGAAGAUUGGAUACUACGACAGCACCAAGGGCAAUCUGUCCUGGUAUGGGAAUGACAAGUGGAUAGGCUCAGGACCUCCUGCAGACCAGACAGUGGUCAUUGAAGAGUUUCGCUACCUGUCUCAGAAGCUCUUUGUGACUGUAUCUGUCUUUGCUGGGUUGGGAAUCCUGUUGGGAAUUGUCUGCCUCACCUUCAACAUCUAUAACAGCAAUGUCAGGUACAUUCAGAACUCUCAGCCCUACCUUAACAACAUGACUGCAGUGGGCUGCAUGAUGGCACUAGCGGCCAUCUUCCCUCUGGGGAUUGAUGGUCUUCAUGUCCACAGGAGGCAGUUUCCCGUUGUCUGCCAGUUUCGCCUGUGGCUGCUUGGUUUAGGUUUCAGCCUUGCAUACGGCAGCAUGUUCACCAAGAUCUGGUGGGUACACACUGUCUUCACAAAGAAGGAUGAAAAGAAAGAUAAGAGGAAGCACCUGGAACCGUGGAAACUCUAUGCCACGGUUGGUGUUCUGCUCUGCAUUGACAUCCUGUCUCUCAUGAUCUGGCAGAUUGUGGAUCCUUUACACAUCACAGUGGAGAAAUUCACCAGAGAGGCCCCCAAAGGAGACCUUGAUGUUUUGAUCCAGCCUUUACUGGAGCACUGCAGCUCAGAAAAGAUGAACACAUGGCUGGGUGUGGUAUAUGGUUAUAAAGGCUUAUUGCUGCUACUUGGCAUCUUCCUGGCCUAUGAGACCAAGUCCAUCUCUACAGAGAAGAUCAAUGACCACCGAGCUGUGGGCAUGGCCAUCUAUAAUGUUGCUGUGCUGUGCAUGAUCACAGCUCCUGUCACCAUGAUCCUGUCAUCCCAGCAGGAUGCCUCCUUUGCUUUUGCCUCUUUGGCCAUUGUCUUCUCAGUCUACAUCACCCUGGUGGUUCUGUUUGUUCCAAAGAUGCGGCGCCUGAUCACACGGGGGGAGUGGCAGUCAGAUGCCCAGGAGACCAUGAAGACAGGCUCGUCAACCAAUAACAAUGACGAGGAGAAGUCCAGACAACUGGAAAGAGAGAACAAGGAGUUGCAGAAGAUAAUUCAGGAAAAAGAAGAGCGUGUUUCAGAGCUGAGAAACCAGCUGUCCGAGCGACAAGCCCUGCGAUCGAGGAGGAGAGCAUCCACUGUCACCAAUCAGAAUCACAGUCCCCCUCCUCUUGCCAUCACCCAGACUGACCCCAGGUCCCUGGCUCCUCCCCCAGGAUACCCUGCGCCCACCUCUGACCCCCUCUCCGUCCCUCCACCCUUCGCCAAUUCAUCCAGCCUCUACCAGCCAGACAGUAAGAUCAGCCGAAAUAACUGUCAUACCAGCCGGCUGCAGCUUCUCUACAAGUGAGAUGAGGCUGAGUGGUGGAGAGAUGUGGAUAGUAAUGACAUUCAUCAACACAUAGAGGUGGAGAAAAUUAACUACAAAAACAAGUUUGAAUAGCAGACCUGUUGGAGAAGCUCACUCCAAAUGUCCACCUCCCAGCAGAGACCAGAGGAUAAUCAGUGGAAAGUUUCAUGUAGAAGAAAUCAUCAAUGAGGAUUUACAUUUCUACUUGUUUCGCUCUGUCUGAACUGAUUUUUUUUUUCUCUCUGAGAAAAAAAAAUAAAUAUGUUGUUCAUUGUGAGGUGAUGCUAUCACCUUUCUUCCAGUAAUUUUUCCAUGUGCCAUUUUGAGUGUGACAAGUUUUUAACAUGUGUUAACCUGCCAAACAUUUAAUAGUAACACUGUAAACAAUGCAGUUUACAGCUUUAGCAAGUUUACCAAAAAUGUGCAAAAAGAAGAAGUCAGUUGCAUCUUGGUGAUUUUGUCAACCAGUGAUUUAGUUAGUUCUAGUGACAUUUAACAAAAUGAAGCUGGCUCUGCUUUAAAACCUGUGAAAUGGUCUUUAACAUCCACUUUGAAACUGAAGGACAGAGUUUGGCAACCUCUUCAAGUAAAGAGCUGCUUACUAAACUGAAACAUUUGCAUCCAACACUUUCAAUAUUACCUGUGUCCACUCAAAAAUAUUAACAUGACAAAUGACUCUUGGCCUCAGUCAUCUUAUAUUACUCCUGUAUCAGUAACUGACUUAACAAAUGGUUAAGUGUAGGGGACAUUUUUUUCCCCAAAUCAUUUAUCAUAUCUGUACCUUAGAACUCCCGAUAUGUUUCUAUGGUCUCCAUUAAGAGCCUAAAUAAAAGGUCAAAUAAGAGAUGCCACUAACUGGUUAUGUCCAUUACAUUACAAGCUAUCUGCUAGCUAUUUAGCUCUUCUUACUCAGUGUUACUGGUCUCUGUUCAGACAGAGUGCAGAAUUGUUAGAUAGUGUGUGCUCAUGUUAAACCUGUCACUGUGGAUCAACUCAGUCCGAUUGAUUCAAGGUUGAAAAGAGUAAGCUGAGGGUACUGCUGGCAUCUGUGAAGAAUCAAGUGGUGUGACUGCCACUCUCAGGAUCUGAAGGAGCAUUACAUGAGGUGUAAUGAUCACCAAGAGCAUCAUCAUCAUGGAAUGCACCUGUCCUGUCGAUGUUUAAUGUUAAGCUGCAACAGUGUUUAAUACUCCGGUGGAAAAGGCAUUGACAACAAGGCAGACAACCAUAGUAAGCGAGAGCUGAACAUAUUUUUGUCCUUAUCUCCAUUGUUCAGGCAUCACUAACUGACUUCCAUGUUGUAACCAUUCUGUAUCAUUGCAUAUUGUGCAUGUCCUACAUGUACUCCUACGCCACAAUAAAUACUGAAUAGCUUCCAACUGACAACAUGUAAAUAAGAAAUUGGUGAAAUAUACUUUGGUGACUGUUGUAUUUUCUUCUGAUUGAGGGACCAAAUAAAACAGUGCAGUAAAGAAUUAGAAAUUAGAAAAAAAUAAUAGUUUUCAAUUUUUGAAUUAGAAAACUAUUAUUUUUUUCAAUAUAAUGUUACAAUACAAAUUGAACAGAAGGCGUACACAUUCACAGUGCAUUUCAAAUCCACCUAUUUGUUUUCAGUUACAUAUCUAUGUGACAGUACUUUAUGAAUUGAGUUAAAUAAUUCCACCUGUUGUUGUUGUUGUUGUUGUUAUUUUGCUCUGUGCAGUCACCUGUGUUUUGUCUGUUUUUAGGCAAGAGGUAAUUGUGGCAUGCAGUGGGGAACAUGUGACUCAAGGGGACCAAAAUCAUCCAGUGAAAAAGAUAUGUUUAUUUGAAUGCCAUUACACAUAUAACAGUUAUUGUCAUGUCUGCCCUAACUGGAACAGCUCUACAUGAAGGAGGAAAGGACAAGUAUUAAUUCUCCCCCUCAGCUUAAAAAAAGCAUGUUCACGAAACUAGUAGAACGACAUCAUACUUCCUAUGUAAGACCUUUUAUAGUAUUUCUCUUUCCUUCUCACUCUUCUGCUUUUUUGGUUUUGGUGUCACAUGCAAAUAUCACAGUUUUUCUGGGUAUUUUGUUGACCAAAAUAAAAACCUCCUGAUGAAGUUGUGAAGCUAAACUUUUCAUGGCAAAAAGUGAAAGUCCAUCAUGUGUGUUGCUCCUAUAUACCUAACAGAGAUGACAGAAUGGGUUUCCUGCUGCUGAUGUCUCAAGAUUAGAGUUUCCACAUCAAGAAAACUAUUACUGAAAACGGUUAGGGUUAAUGUUUCUCAUUUGUAUAAAGGAACAGUAUUUGAUAUGUGUUUGCUAUUUAAUAACUGCUCUCUGAUUGGCCAUCUCAGGUUAAGGUUUGGUAAUGUUAGAGGUUUGGGUUUUAGUGAAAAUCAUGUUCAUGAGAAAAAGUGAUAGGAACCAGGAAAUAUAUAAAUCCACCGAGUCUUCAACUGUCUGUGUCUACUUCCUCUAAUACAAGUUAAAAUUCACAACAGAGGUCUUAGUCACAAAACUGGUUACAGGGUUUUUUAUUUAAAUUUUGGCAUUAAACAAAUUAUCUUCCCUCCUGUUUUUCCCAUUUUUUUUGUUAUUUGGACUGAUUUGAUUUCUAUGAUAUCACAUUAUUAUAUUGAAACAUGUACAUACCAGUCCUUGUGACAGUUCUUUUUAUUCAUUAAGGAACCAGUUUUUAAUUUUCACUUCAUUGCUUCGUCUUUCUUCAUAAACGUUUCAAUGUCUUGACUUCUGUUUUAUUCUCACCUUUUCUCCAUGUGGUAGCAGAGCUUGUUUCAUUGGUGCACGCACUUCUGAACUGACUGACUACUACAGAAUGAGGCGCUGAUAAGUAAAAAAACAAACAAAAAUCAAAACAAAACAUGAGAACAUUGUGCAGUGCUACUUUUAUUCAAAGUGACCAUGUGUAAAUACCUACUGUAUGUGUGUGUGAUGUAUUUUAACUGUUGGGUCUGUAAAGCAGUGAAGCUGUUAUAUUGAUACACAUGAGAAUAUGCACAAGGACUGUGAAUAACAUGUAAAUAAUCAGUCAGACUCUGCAUAUCCCAGCUGUAUUUCAUGUGGUACAGUAUUCAAAAUAUAUUUCUAUAUGCUAAAUCAUCUGAUAUCACAGAUCAUUUCAAAUGCAAGAAUAAAAAUAAAACUACUUGUUUUUCUCCA